CCUCCUCCGCCUUCCAUUCCCUUGUCCUGCGCCGCCGUGUCCUUCUCCCACCAACCGCAAACCCCGCCCAAAAACCCUAGCCCGGCCGCCGCCGCCAUGGACGCCGCCGCCCUGGAGAAGCUCAUCCUGGACCUGCACGCCAUCGAGGCCGUCAAGCUGGGCUCCUUCGUGCUCAAGUCCGGCAUCACCUCCCCGAUCUACCUCGACCUGCGCGCGCUCGUCUCGCACCCGCGCCUGCUCUCCGCCAUCGCCGCGCUGCUCGCCACCCUCCCCGCCACGCGCCCCUACGGCAUCCUCUGCGGGGUGCCCUACACCGCGCUCCCCAUCGCCUCGGUCCUCUCCGUCGACCGCGGCCUCCCCAUGCUCAUGCGCCGCAAGGAGGUCAAGACCCACGGCACCGCCAAGGCCAUCGAGGGCUCCUUCCGCGCCGGCGACACCGUCCUCAUCAUCGAGGACCUCGUCACCAGCGGCGCGUCCGUGCUCGAGACCGCGGGCCCCCUCCGCGCCGAGGGCCUCGUCGUCGCCGACGCCGUCGUCGUCGUCGACCGCGAGCAGGGCGGCCGCGAGAACCUCGCCGCCAACGGCAUCACGCUCCACUCGCUCAUGACCCUCACCGAGGUGCUCGCCGUGCUGCUCAAGCACGGCAAGGUCGGCGAGGAGAAGGCCGCUGAGGUGAAGCAGUUCCUCGAUGCCAACAGGAAGGUCACCGUUCCUGGUGCCGCCCCCGCCGUUAAGCCCAAGGUCGCCAGGAUGCCGUUCGCUCAGAGGGCUGGGCUGGCCAAGAACCCCAUGGGGAAGAAGCUCUUCGAGGUCAUGGAGGCCAAGCAGAGCAAUCUCUGUGUUUCCGCGGAUGUUGCCACGGCUAAGGAGCUCCUUGACCUUGCUGAGAAGGUUGGUCAUGAGAUUUGCAUGCUGAAAACGCAUGUCGAUAUCCUGUCGGAUUUUACCCCUGAUUUUGGCACAAAGCUUCGCUCGAUUGCUGAGAAGCACAACUUUUUGAUCUUCGAAGACCGCAAGUUUGCUGAUAUUGGAAACACGGUAACUAUGCAGUAUGAAGGGGGGAUAUUCCGCAUAUUAGAAUGGGCUGAUAUUGUUAACGCACAUAUAAUUCCUGGACCUGGAAUUGUUGAUGGUUUGAAGCUCAAGGGUUUACCAAAAGGAAGAGGGCUACUUUUGCUUGCUGAAAUGAGCUCAGCUGGCAAUCUUGCUCAGGGAGAUUAUACUGCAGCGGCUGUAAAGAUAGCCGAGCAACAUUCUGAUUUUGUAAUUGGAUUCAUAUCAGUAAAUCCUGCAUCUUGGUCGGUUGCACCAUCAAGUCCAGCAUUUAUCCAUGCCACUCCUGGUGUGCAGAUGGUUUCUGGAGGAGAUGCUCUUGGGCAACAAUACACCACUCCUUAUUCUGUCAUAAACGACAGGGGCAGUGAUAUAAUCAUAGUUGGCCGUGGGAUCAUAAAGGCGAGCGAUCCCGCUGAGACCGCGAGGGAGUACCGCAUCCAAGGGUGGCAGGCCUACCAAUCCAGCUUGUGAGGAAGCUGCUCCAACGCGUCUUCAGUGUAAACCUAUACACUGGCAUUCGUGCGAUUGAUGUAAUAAGAGUCUCCUGUUGGAGCUGAGUUCCUUGUGCCCACUGUCUGCACUUACUGUUAUGGGAAAUAAUCUGAAAUCAUGGUAAUAGAAGAACCAAGUUCCCAUGAACA